CUUUAGUCUCUCAGCACCAGAGCGUGACGUUCCUACCGUGUUGAGCCGCGUUCAGAGGAGCCCCGGGCUAGAUAUAUCUGUGUGUGUGUGUUUGUGAGCUUUGUGAACUGGCGGUUGUGGCGCGAUGUGAGACAAGCGGGAUUUUAUGUGUGCAGGAAGGUGAUUGGAGGCAACUGCAGACAGGAUGGCUGUGGCGAGCAGCUGAUACAAUGCUGGCGGCGGAGCACAAGCCCGCCCCAACCUAACCCGUCGAAUUACGAACGCUUCCUUCACGGGCGCGCUGGAGGGCGGUCCCCUGGGCGGCAGCGGCGGCGCGCUCGGGCCACUGCGCGCGCCCAGCUCGCCGCCCGCCUCCAGCGUAGCUACCAGUCGCCACAGUCUCAUGGACAUGAUGACGUGUCGGCUGGGUUCUCGGCGGCUGGGGGGUUCAGGAGGAUCGUUACAGCCCGGCACAGCGUGUUCCGCCGCCAGCGAGCUGGACUUGUGCUCGCGCCGCGCACACAAAUCUAGAUUAAAAUUGCUUGGUGCAAGCGGCGAAGCCCCACUGUUGGGGGGAUGGCGAAGUACCCCACAUACGCCGCGGGCGCCCGCUACCCCAGCGCAGCAUCAGUCGCACAAUCAUCUCGCUUCGAAUUGCAACGGUACAGACAGUAGCAGUAGAAAUCUCAGACGGCGUUCAACAUACACAAGCGGAAGAUUCGGAUUUGGUCUAUCAUUUUCAUUUGUAUUCGACCCGGCCGGUCGCCUAUGCUACUACUGGUCCAUGGUGGUCUCCCUCGCCUUUCUCUACAAUCUAUGGGUCAUCGUAUAUAGAUUCGCAUUUCAAGAAAUUAAUGGUGAAACGUUAAUAGUGUGGUUUUGCUUGGACUACUUCUCGGACUUUCUAUAUAUAGUGGAUAUAGUGUUUCAUUUUCGGACUGGUUACUUAGAAGACGGUGUGUUACAGACUGAACCGGCAAAAAUGCGGCAACAUUAUAUGAACUCAACAACGUUCUACAUAGAUUGUCUAUGUUUAUUGCCGCUUGAUUUCCUCUAUUUGUCUAUUGGUUUUAAUUCAAUACUACGCUCAUUUCGACUCGUGAAAAUCUAUCGUUUCUGGGCGUUCAUGGACAGAACGGAGAGACACACAAAUUAUCCAAAUUUGUUUAGAUCAACCAGUUUAAUUCAUUAUUUAUUAGUGAUAUUCCAUUGGAAUGGGUGCUUGUAUCAUAUUAUAUAUAAGAAUAAUGGUUUCGGUAGUAAAAACUGGGUGUACCAUGACACGGAGACGGCGGAUGUGGUGAAGCAAUAUCUGCAGAGUUAUUAUUGGUGUACACUGGCUUUGACGACGAUAGGUGACCUGCCUCGGCCACGCAGUAAAGGCGAGUACGUGUUCGUGAUUGCCCAACUACUGUUUGGCUUGCUUCUCUUCGCGACAGUAUUGGGGCACGUGGCGAAUAUUGUCACGUCAGUCAGCUCAGCCAGAAAGGAGUUUCAGGCAAAACUAGAUGGCGUCAAAACCUACAUGCGCAUGCGACGGGUCCCAAACCACUUGCAAGUGAAGGUCAUUAAGUGGUUCGACUAUCUGUGGCUGACACAGAAGUGCUCAGACGAAGAGAAGGCUGUAUCAUGUCUUCCCGACAAAUUAAAAGCAGAGAUAGCUAUAAAUGUUCACCUUGAUACUCUUAAAAGGGUGGAGAUUUUUCAGAACACUGAAGCCGGUUUUUUAUGCGAGCUCGUGUUAAGACUUCGUCCAGUCCUGUUCUCACCAGGGGAUUAUAUCUGCAGAAAAGGGGAAGUCGGAAAGGAGAUGUACAUAGUGAAUCGUGGGAAACUGCAGGUGAUGGGUGACAACGGAAAAACUGUGCUGGCAACACUAAAAGCGGGUUCUUAUUUUGGCGAAAUUUCAAUUCUGAAUAUGGGGACCGCAGGUAAACAACUUGGAAACCGUCGGACAGCGUCUGUACGCUCCGUGGGAUAUUCGGACCUGUUUGUGCUGAGCAAGAACGAUAUGUGGGAUGUGCUGAAAGAGUAUCCGGCUGCCCGCGUCCGGCUCGAAGCAAUCGCAGUCAAGAGACUUGAGAAGUACAGAAGGGUGCCAGUUGACAAAGGUUCGUGUACUACCGUAGGCAUGGGUCGUUGCCAUUCGACUCCUGGUAUUAUGGAGGCCAUUCGAAAAGAGGACGCGAAGCCCUACCAACAGCCUUUGGGUCUACCAAUCCAUUCGUCGCAUCCACCUUCCUUCCGGGACCAAAUUUAUAGUACGUCAGUUAGUCCUCUACGUGUAGCAUCACCAGUGGUAUCAUGUGGUUCAAGUGCCCGCAGUAGCGCCGCAGGUCCUAGUAGCAUGGCGACCACAGGCCCCAAAGUGAUUCGCGACUCCCAUGAUGCGCUAGAGUCAGAAAUAAAGAGACUGCGCGAGCGACUGCAUACGGUGGAAACUGAAAAUGCAGCGAUGUCAGCUAAACUCAGCCAGCAACAAUGGGAAGUUGAUCUAAGAUUGCAAGAAAUAGAGAUGCAGAUCUGUGGCGGAAGUUCUUCGAGCUCACAGGAGGAGAAUGAACGAAACAGGGAGAGCAUUAUAUAACGGCGCGCCUCGCCCGCGCACAUCCGUCGCGUCUCCCCUACACAUGCGAUGCGCAUAGCCGCCGUCUGCUGAAACGAACAUCUAGUGCUAAGUGACAUGACAAUUGGUCAGAAAUUUGACAGUUCAACAGGUAAUCGAACAGUUUGUCAAGAAACUUGACGGUAAUCGAACGCUUUGUCAAGAAACUUGACGGUAAUCGAACGGUUUGUCAAGAAACUUGACGGUAAUCGAACGGUUUGUCAAGAAACUUGACGGUAAUCGAACAGUUUGUCAAGAAACUUGACGGUAAUCGAACAGUUUGUCAAGAAACUUGACGGUAAUCGGACUUUUUGUCAAAAAAUUGACGGUUUUUCCGAAUAUACGGAAAAACUCGGUGUUUUGAAAUGUAGUUGUAUUUACGAAUUAUACAUUAUAUACUUGCUAUAACGAGGGAUUGUGGAGUGAGAUUUUGUCGAGACAAUAUUUAAAUUUAAACAUGUGUGUGUGAAGUGGCGUGUGUGACCUGUAUUUGCAGGUUAUGUUUAAUUAUAAAUAACUUUACGUUCACGUUGGUUUUGUGUAUGAGAAUUUUACGAAAUUUUUAUCACUUUGAACGGCGCAUUAUUGACAUUUAGAUUAUAAAUAAGACGCGAAAUGUCAAGUCAGGGUUAUUUUAAAAGAAUCAAUACAUACACUAAAACAGCGGGUAUGGUGGAAUUCACUAAUGUGUUUCUGUAGCUGUAUUAAGAUUCACUAAUGCCGAUAGUUUAAGUAUAUAUGUACAUAUAUCCAAAGAACGAUACAGCCUAGCUACGGAUAAUAA